AUGGCUUCGAAAGCUAUCUUGCUCGGCAGCAACCCAGACACGAAGAACUACUAUGCCAACCUCGUCAACGAUCAAAGAUAUGCCCUCAUUCCGCGCCUCGAACUCGAAACUGGUCAAAGUCUGAACAAUUGCCCGAUCGCAUACCAAACCUGGGGGUCGCUCAACAAGGAGGGCGACAACGCCUUGGUGGUCUGUCACGCCUUGACUGGCAGCAGUGAUGUCGCAGACUGGUGGAAUCCACUGAUUGGGCCUAGAAAGGCUCUUGAUCCACGUUACUACUUCAUAUUCUGCGGCAAUGUCCUCGGAUCGCCCUAUGGAAGCGCGUCACCCGUCACCGCCAACCCUGCCACAGGUCGAUGCUAUGGUACCGAUUUUCCAUCGACAACGAUACGGGAUGACGUACAUGCCCACAAGCUUGUCCUGGAUGCUCUGGGUGUCCGUCAGAUCGCAGCCGUCAUUGGAGGCUCGAUGGGAGGCAUGGCAACUCUAGAGUGGCCACUAUGUACACCACAGGGAUACGUCCGGAACAUCAUACCUAUCGCAACGGCAGCUGAUCACUCUGCUUGGGGGAUAUCUUGGGCAGAGACCCAGCGGCAAUGCAUCUACGCGGACCCCAAGUUCAAAGAUGGACACUAUGAGCCUGUCCCAGAGGGUCAACCAUCCGCAGGAUUGGCCGCCGCUCGGAUGAUUGCUAUGCUGACGUAUCGGUCCUGUACCAGCUUCGACAGUCGUUUUGGACGCAAGCCUCAGAGACAUACCAAGUUAGCAACCUCGAGCCAACUGGACAUUGACAAUUCCAAAAAGCCCUUUGGCGAUUAUCAGAACAAAGAACAUGUUGCGGUCAAGGGAAGAAAGGAAAAGAUAGCCUUCUCAGCACAGGGUUACCUCCACUAUCAAGGUGAAAAGUUCAUCAAAAGAUUCGACGCCAACUGUUUCUUGCAUCUGUCGAAUAAGAUGGAUUCUCACGAUGUCACCCGGAACCGAACAACGCAACCAGGCACCGGUGCUUUGCAGGGGGUGCUCGGGAACAUACCAACUGGGGCACUGGUUGUCAGCGUAGAGUCAGACGCACUCUUCGUACCAGAACAGCAAGAGAAGCUCGCUGCCUGCCUUCCAGAGGCGUCACUUGAGAUUCUAGAAUCAUCAGAUGGCCACGAUGGAUUUCUGUUAGAGUUUGAGCAGCUUGACCGCCUCAUCCAGGCGAAGUUGAAAACCGCCUUGCCUCAUCUUUACUCCUACGUCGUGCCGUCAAACUUGGUCUCAGCGCCAAAAGCUACUCAGAACACUACUGCAACGGAGAAAAGUCUGGUGGGGGAAACGGAUGGAUGGUGGUAG